AAAAAAAAAAAAAAAAGAAAAAUAAAUAACGCAUCCCCUCUCUCUAAUGGAGUAAAGGCUGUUUCAGUUUCUUCUCAAUACCUGUGAUGGUCAGACCGGUGGGUUUUCUGGUUGUGGUGUUUCUUUAAACGGAGAAAAAAGAAGAAGAAGAAAAAAGAAGGAGAUGGGUUCUUGCGUUUCUGUCCAUAAGGGCACAUCAGAGUCAGCCGUGAAACUAGGACUAUCUUUUGGGUCUAAAAAAGACAAUCAUGUGAUCCCAGAAUCACCUAUCAAAGAUAAACAAGUUAAUGGUGACUAUCCUCAAAUCAAGACUUUUGAGGACUAUGGUAGCAAAGAUGAAGUCUUUUUUGAUUCCCAACCUUGGUUAGACUCAGAUUGUGAUGAUGAUUUCCUCAGUGUAAAUGGUGAAUUUACGCCAUCUCGUGGCAGUACCCCAGUGCAUCAUAGCUUUGCCAUGGGGACCCCUAAAAUCAACAAAACCAAUUUGGAGGACAGAUCUCCAGCUUCCAAACCUGAACCAUCACCAACAGUGAAAAAGAAGUUAUCUGAACUUUUCCGGGAGAGUCGGAGAGAGGAGCCAGACACUGAUGAUCAGCAAACUUCAGACAACCAAAAUAUCAACAAUGGAAAGAUAGAAGUCAAACAAACCAUUCUUGAUGUUCUUCCCAAGUCUGCAUCUGGUACCCCAUAUGUCUCUGGACCUAACAGCGUCUGUAGUAGCGAACGGACUGCUAAUGGAGAACCCUUAUUUCAGAAGGAGAAAUCAAUUAAAUCUGCACAAUGUUGCCUUCCCAGUUUGCUUUCUUGCCAUAGUUUUAGUGAGAGGAAGAAGAAGAUGAGCCCGGCCAUAGCUGUAAAUGAUAGAGCCUAGUUUCUGGUAUCUGUAAUGCAAUGUAAAUGGAAAAUGCUAGCAUCUCAACACCCUUGAGAUAUAUUAGUUAUUUACACCCAAACUUGAGAUCGGAUCGUGCAACUUCGGAACUUACCUUUUUUUGGAUCAAGGGCAUAGCAUAUAUAAAGCAACAAUGGUGGAAGAAGUUGCAUCUUUCAAGUCCAUAGAUUUUCUUUAGCUCUGGAAGGAAAUUGAUUGUAAAAAAUCUUUCCUGCAAUAAGAGAAGACAGUUGAUGCCCUUGUAAUGAAUGAAUGAUAUCUAUGUGAGGAAAAUUGUACCUUGUAAUUAAGAGAAUAUAUAUGUUCUUCAUCUUGUUCCUCUUUC